CGUGGAUCCAGGAUCUCACAGGUUGACUGCGGCGGGACGAUCCGGGAGCUGUGCCUGCCAUUCCAUCGAGCCUUCUCCGGGUCUUCGCGGGAGCUCAGGCGGGUAAAUGGAAAGUGAGGACUCUGGGGAGUGGGGAGAGCGUCCCGCAUCCCCUGAGGAUGGGUGAAGUACUGCGCUGGCGACUUGUUUUGAUGCCCAGACGCCUAAGAUGAGGUGCACCACUUCUCACACGCACAGGACCAGGCUUGGGCUCGCUGAAGAUAUCGUACUACAAACUAGAGUCUUGCUUCCCUUUGGGCCGCCAUACUCUCAGAAUUCUUUCAGUGUUUUUGGAUGGCACCGUGUCUGAGGACUCCAGCUGUUCUGAUGAUAGCCUAAGAAGAUUGCGUGCUGUUCCCUACCCCGCGCCAAGCCAGGCCCUUUCGGAACCGUGACUCUCAGUUCUUCAUGGAGACCAGAUCCCAGCAGGAAAUUGGCACCCAGAUGGUUCCUCCAUGUAUAGUUGUCUCUGGCUUCGGGCUGACUAGAGGACACCCACUGGUGGCCAGGCCAGCCCUUUGUCAGUCAUCCGGGUCCGGGCAGCAUGGUGCGGAUUCAGAGGAGGAAGCUUCUGGCAUCUUGCCUGUGUAUGACAGCUACCGUCUUUCUGAUGGUGACACUCCAGGUAGUGGUUGAGCUUGGGAAAUUUGAAAGGAAGAAGUUUCAAAGCUCCAAUUUGCAAGAUGGACAUAAAGACAUGGAAGGUGAGCCUAAAGGCCUGAAUCCAUUUCCUGUAAAGGAAGCCCUGGCCUUGGCUGGGAGGAACAAGGUGGAUGCUGGUCGCUACCCCAUUGUGCUGUGGUGGUCGCCACUGACUGGAGAGACGGGCAGGCUCGGCCAGUGUGGGGCGGAUGCUUGCUUCUUUACAAUCAACAGGACCUUCCAGCAUCAUCCAAUGACCAAGGCCUUCCUCUUCUAUGGUACUGACUUUAACAUAGACAGCUUACCUCUGCCUCGGAAAGCCCAUCAUGACUGGGCCCUCUUCCAUGAAGAGUCUCCCAAAAACAAUUAUAAGCUCUUCCACGAGCCAGUCAUCACCUUGUUUAACCAUACGGCCACGUUCAGCAGGCAUUCCGACCUGCCGCUGACCACGCAGUACUUGGAAGGCGUGGAUGUCCUGAAGUCACUCAGAUACCUAGUUCCUUUACAGUCUAAAAACAACCUAAGACAAAAACUGGCUCCACUGGUGUACGUUCAGUCGGACUGUGAUCCACCGUCAGACAGGGACAGCUAUGUUCGGGAGCUGAUGGCUUAUAUUGAAGUUGAUUCCUAUGGCGAGUGUUUACAAAACAGAGAUCUUCCUCAGCAGCUGAAAAACCCCGCCUCCAUGGAUGCCGAGGCCUUCUACAGGGUCAUUGCCCAGUAUAAGUUCAUCCUUGCCUUUGAGAACGCGGUCUGUGACGAUUACAUCACAGAGAAGUUCUGGAGACCACUGAAGUUGGGGGUCGUGCCCGUGUAUUACGGAUCCCCCACUAUCACAGACUGGCUUCCAAGUAACCGAAGUGCCAUUCUAGUGUCGGAAUUUUCUCACCCCAGAGAACUGGCAAGCUUCAUCAGGCGACUGGAUUACGAUGAUGGAUUGUACGAGACCUAUGUGGAGUGGAAACUAAAGGGCGAGAUCUCUAACCAGCGACUCCUGACAGCUCUCCGGGAACGGGAGUGGGGCGUGCAGGACAUUAACCAGGAUAACUACAUUGACACAUUCGAGUGUAUGGUGUGUCGCAGGGUGUGGGCAAACAGUAGGCUGCAGGAGCAGGGCUUACCACCCAAACAAUGGAAGGCGGAUGUCAGCCACCUACAUUGCCCAGAGCCCACCUUGUUCACCUUCUCAUCUCCAGCUUCUCCGGCCCUACGUGGGAGAUCAUUGCGAGACCUGUGGCUACCCAGCUUUCAACAGUCUAAGAAAGAAGCCCAGGCACUCAGGUGGCUGGUGGACAGGAAUCAAAAUUUUUCAUCUGCAGAGUUUUGGGCUCUAGUAUUUAAGGAAUAAUUUUAAAAGGUACUAGACAGACAGAGGAAGCUUAAUGCUCUUGGUGGCCUUAAUAUUUGAAGAUGAAAGAUGAUGACUAUUCCCCUAAGUAUCCUUUAGGAUAAGAAGUAAUUGUAGCACUUCGUACAAAAGAGCGCUGGCAAGUAGUAGCUGUGAAUUACUUCUAGGGGUUGCCUCUGUAUUUUUAUACUUAAAAAAAAGUAGACCUUUAAAAAUGGACAUUGGUUGCCUUCAGGUUAUGCUUUUGGACCCAGGUACUGGCUGUCUUCUGCAGAAACCGACCUGAGCUUUUCUCGCUACACAUCUAGCUGUGAGUUCGUGAUCCCCACUUCCCUGUCAGCAGCUUAUUGGUCCUUGGCAAGCCCAGUUUGUUGAAGGAAUGAACCGCAUUAGAACUUGGCGGUGAGAGACUCCAUCUGUUGUUCUCGAGGAUGUGAAUGAGUAAGAAAAGCUCUGUCAAGCAAUUCUGCUCCCCCAGUCCAAAGGACUGGGACGCAUGCGUGCCUUCACGUCACUAGCCCCGCCUCUGUUCGCUUCACCUGUGCCCUCCUCUUGUUUCGCUCUGAUGCGGAAUUCUCUAUAAAGACGUCAAGUCUCCUGGUUGCUCCAUCAGUGAGAUGUCACUCGUUUCUCAUACCCCGGACGCAGCAGAGGAAACAUGGUCAGUUUCACAGCAAGCAGGCAUUUGUCUUGAUCAAGUUGUGGGAUGUGAAUGCCCUGGGCUCUCUUCUGGUUUGAAGCUGAUUGUCCUCUGAAUGAUGGCUUCAGCCUGUCAUGGCAGGCAGGCAACUGCUGAGGAGCGUUUCCUAGUUUCCAAGGCUGCCAGAAACUCUGUGUUAUCUGGUUCCCUAUUGGAGCUCUCUGAGAACAAGGAGGAGCAACGCUGGCUUUCAUUCCAGCAGAUGGUAAGAAGACUUCGAGCCAACGCCAAAGCCUUUUGAUAGCUGGUGUGUUGGCUUCUGUGUUCUUUCUGUGGGAAGACAUUGCUCUCCAGCCGUGGCAGCCAGCCUGGGAGAAGAGAGGAGUUAAAGUAGCACAUUCUUUAUGAGCAGUAGGGUCACCUUGCUGGUGGCAGAACCUGACUACGGAGAGUUUCUCCUCAAUUUCACAUCUGUCAUGGACCAAACGUGAUCAUAGACAAAUCUCUUAACCUCCCUGGACCUUGAAUUUGUAUCUUAAGAAGAAGUGGCUGAGUUGGCCUUUGAACUUGUAACUUUUUAAAUUACUCAUCAAAGUUUAAGAUGGUUAAUUUCACAGGUGAUCUUUUUUUUUUUUAUUAAGGUGGGAAUAAACUGGCCUAGAUGUGUGUUUUUCAAGAGAAAUGUGUUCUUUGGAGGAAGGAGCAUAUGUAUUUUAUCCAGCAUUGGGAAUGAAAGGAACUCUCUAUUAUUUUAUCUAAUUAAAUACUGACACAGUAAGUGUUUGAAAAGGGGUUGUUGGUAUGAAGUCAGGCCUUAAACUGUAUGCUGAAUGAAGUGGAUUCAUUCUGAAUCCUCAGAAAUGGUCUGCCAAAGGAUUUAUACCUUUGACAGAAUAACAUAGUAGCUCCACUUCACAAAUGUCUAAAUCAGAUACUCAGUGCUUUCAUGUGUCUCAAAUCUCAAUAUGUCGGGCAAUUCUUAACAUUAUUUUGAGAACCUCAAAUAUGCCAUAACAGACAUGAUUUCCCCCCACCCCUCCCAAUCUCCCUGCAAUGUCCAUCCCACCUUUGUCUUUUUUUUUUU